AUGACAGAACACCGGCUACCAGUUAAACAACUGGUGAUUCUAUCAAUAUGCCGCUUUGCCGAGCCCAUCGCCCUCACUUCCGUUUUUCCCUACGUGCCCGAGCUUAUGGAAUCAUUUGGCAUUCCUCAAAAUGACAUCGCGCGUUGGGCUGGCAUCUCGUCUUCGGCAUUCUCGUUAUGUCAAGGCUUCACCGGCCUCGUCUGGGGUGCUGCAUCCGAUCGCUAUGGAAGGAAACCAAUCAUAUUGUUUGGGCUGUUCAACACCAUGUGGACAAUGUUGCUAUGGGGCUUCUCGCUCAAUCUGCCCAUGGCUUUGGCUGCACGCGCCCUGGGAGGACUAUCAAACGGCAAUGUAGGCAUUCUUAGAACUACAGUCGCAGAACUGUGUCCGUGGAAAGAGCUCCAGCCGAGAGCGUUCAGUGUCAUGCCCUUAGUUUGGACAGUGGGUGCGACGUUUGGACCUACCCUUGGCGGAGCCCUAGCCAACCCGUUGGGUGUCGAUCCUCGGAAACCCAGAGGCACUGCUUUACUGGAAAAAUUUCCGUAUUGCUUGCCAAACCUUGUAGCCGCUGCGUUCUUCACUACGGGUAUCGUAAUAGGCUGGCUGUUUCUCCAAGAGACUUUGGAAAGCAAGAAGAACGCACCAGACCUGGGCGUGAGAACUGGGGCUAGAUUGAUAGCAUUCAUUCGCAAGAUACUGCACCUGCCGACACAAAAGCAGAACGGCAAUUUAGAACGCGAGCCGCUGCUCGGUCAACAGAAAAUACUUGACAGUGAAGCGACACCACAGCAUGAGGUUGCUCAUGAGGUAGUCAAGGAAAAAGCACCAAGAUACCGGGAUGUGUUGACAUUUCAGACGUCGCUAAACCUUGCCGUGUAUACGUUGCUCGCUAUGUACACCCAGGCAUAUGAUCAGCUACUUCCAGUGUUCAUGCACCACCCAGUACAACUCGCAGACGAUCCAACCGUAUCCUUGCCUCUGAAAUUUGCAGGAGGCUUUGGUAUCGAGUCUCGACGCAUCGGCAUCAUUUUUACUGUGUUUGCCAUAUCGUGUACCAUGUGUCAAUUCUUACUUUUCCCACCUAUUGCGCGCUAUCUUGGUGUCGUUCGCUGCCUCCGAAUAGCAUUUCUCAUCUUCCCAUUCGUCUUCUUCGUCACACCAUUCUUAUCGCUUAUCCCAGAUCCAACCACCAGGGAAGUCGCCAUGGUGCUGCUCUUGAUGGUUAGAGGAGUGGGUGGUACAUUUGCUUUCCCUACCAGUACUAUCAUGCUCACGAACAGUGCGCCUAGUCUACGCGUUCUAGGGACCAUCAAUGGUCUAGCGACGAGUUUCAGUGCUUUUGGCAGAGCAGCUGGACCCACUUUGGGAGGCGGCUUGUUUACUUGGGGUGUCAAGCGUGGCUAUGUCAUCGUGCCGUUCUGGACUAUGUCUGCCAUUGCGUUCGCUGCCUCUAUACCAACAUUCUGGCUAGUUGAGGGUAAAGGGUUUGGAGACGACUCAGAUAUCGACGACGAAGAAAACAUCAUCGAGACGGAAGAAGAGAUCGAUGAAGGCGCAAGGGUGCCCACAGCAGCGUGGCAUGACGAUGCUGCAUUAUCUGAAUCAGAGUUUGGCGAUUUUGGAGAGCCACCAAACAUACUAAGCCUUACGACGACGCGAUCGAGCGUGGCCAUGGCGUCUGACGAUGAGGAUGACGCGUCGGUGUCGGUAGGACGGGGACAGUCGAUCAAUGCUUUGGAGGCGACGAGAAGUGGUUCGCAGAGUAGACGGCGGAAGAUUGUCAGGAGGACAUCCUCGAUACCAAUCGGCAUGGGCAAAGGCUUUAGGCGCUACAGCUCUAACCUUGGCAGCACAGGUAUUGGUGGCGGCUCCAGUUGGGGAGGCGCUUAG